AUGGCAGCUCGGCAAUCAACCCCCGCUUCGGAGCAUUCGCAUUCUGAUAGCAAUGUCCGAAAGAGAGUUUGCAAAGCAUGCGAUCGGUGUCGUUUGAAGAAAUCCAAGUGCGACGGUUCCAGUCCAUGUUCACGGUGUCGCGCAGAUAAUGCAAUCUGUGUCUUUGGGGAGCGCAAGAAGGCUCACGAUAAAGUGUACCCGAAGGGAUACGUUGAGAUGUUAGAACAGCAACAAUCAUGGCUUGUUCACGGCCUCCAAGAACUAUAUCGACGCAACAUCGAAGGCGAGGGCUGGCCCGGGGAGCUUCUCAAGCUUGAAUCCAACGGCAACCCCCUCACGCACGACCUGCUUAUGCGCUUAGGCGCCCUCGACGGGUCCAAGGGCGAACGAUUCGAAGAGAACCCCGAAUCUCUCCAGCAGGAAAUGUGGCACUCCAACUCCGGCAUGCAACGACAAGAGUCCUCCGACGGUGGAUCCGAUAGUCCCCAAUCACCUGCUCGCUCAAGGUUCUCCGACGCUUUCUCUCACAUGCCACCUACGCCUCCGACGUAUAGCCCGCGACAGAUCAAGCAGGAACAGAUGCCCAGCACGCCCCAAUUCGCGCCACCCUUGUCCAUGCAAGGUGUGGUGAAUCCGCUUGCCCUGCAGGACCCGCAACAAUGGUCUGGGCAAUUCAAUCCAUUUGAUGAGAUGGAUUUGUUGCCAGGAGACUACACCAAUAUGCCAUUCGAUGAUCAACAAUUGUCCCCGAUGUUCAACCGUCAAAUGCCGAACUGCCUGUCGCAAGGGCCUUAUAUGGAACAAAAGAAUGAUUAUGAGGACUUCAACCAGUUUCUCAACCCUAAUCCUACGGAGAUCACGUCGAUCUAG